GACUUAUACGAAGAAUAUUAGUACCAUUCUGCAAAAAAAUAUAUAAAAAACGAUACGAGACUUAAUAUUGAAAAUCUGAACAUAGGAAAAUACUAGUUUUUUUUUAAAUAUAAAAAAAAGUCAUUCUCGAAUUGAGACACGUAAAAUCACGACAAUGACUGGCGUUAAAAUUCGGCUACAGGUCGUUAUAGGCCUACUCGUAAUCAUCGGAGUUUCCAGCACGUCCAUAAAAGCCGAAGCAACUCCGGAAUCGGUUGCCGAAAACAAGAUCAAUUUUGGCUGGCCGAACUUUUUCAACCCGGAAAUGGGGAUGAUGAGAGAAAAGGGCGGAAAAGAUAAAAAGGGCGAGAAGGUUAAGGGCGGCUUAGACAACGAAGUCGACACGAGCGGGGAAGAGAAGGACGAAUACGAAGAACUGAUUGAUUACACUUUGAAGGGAGGUCUUCGAGGGACAUUACUACUUCUGAAUUCCACGAAGAUAGGAGACGUUGGCAAUCUUACUGCCGGAGAAGUGGGUCAAAUGACCGAGGCUGCAAGCAAGGUCAUGGAGGAAGACGAUGCCAAGGACAUAGCGGGCAGCGAAGUGACCUCUGAGGGCGUCAGGCUGAUGCUCCCUAUCGUCACGAAGAAGCACACCCCAGAGCUUGGGAAAUACGGAGCAAAAAUCAUAUUUUAUGCGAACAGUGAAGAACCUACCAAGUUUAUCUAUUAUGGCAACUGGUGCGGCAGAGGAGGACGCAGUGCACCUGUGGAUAAUCUGGACAGGUGUUGUCUGGAACACGAAACGUGUUACGGACACGCCGUCAGGGAGUGUCCAGACGUCUGGAAUAAGCCUUACCAGAAGAUGUACGCAUGGACUUUCUUGGACAAAGAGGUGGUUUGUGUUCGGUCUGAGGUCACUUGCGUCAACCAGGUGUGCGAGUGCGACCGCAAAGCUGCCCUGUGCUUCCAGCAUUUCCUGUCCAACCCCUCGGACAUAGCCAAGCACCUGGGCACAAAGACAUCGAACAAGAACGAAACGGAUACUUCUGUGGAAUUGUAAUAUACACAAACCCAAAGCAGAAAAAAAGUUAAUUUUAGAAAGAAUAUUGUAUGUUAUUUGUUUCUGUUUUUGUUGGAAAAUAAAG